AGCUCAGUCGAGCUCGGCUCUUCGUCGAGCGCUGAAACAUCCAUUGCGUUUAAGCCGUAAGUCAUAUUACAUUCGCAUACACGCCGGACGCGCCGCGCGGAGUGUCGACCAGACGACCGAACGACCACACACACACUCGCAUACCCAUUUAUAUAUAACAAUACAAACACGAAAAGUCAAUUUCGGAGUUUCAGUUUUUUAGGGUUACUUCGAGCGUUGGCCUAUGCUUCAACAACAAGCUUUGCUCGUUUACUACAUGUACACACAGAAACGGUGUACCGAGAGCGAGUGAGAGAGACUCUGGGCAAAAGUCGACUUUCAUGGUCGAAUGUGCGCUCCGAAAGAUACGCACGCAGGAGCCGACUACUAUAUCAGCAUCGAUUGAUCGAUUCUGCGAGCGUGUUGUGUGUAGUUGUCAUACCGUGAGGCAAUAGUGCGCGGAUAGUAUUGGUAGUAGUAGUACAAUAAAAGCCGUGUGCUGCGUGCCGCGACUACUACGACGAUUGUGCGCGCGCGUGUGUGUGUGCGCGCUAUACCUGUACGUUUAUAUUAAAGAGACACUCUGGUGCCGAGUACAUUGUAUAUAAAUAUAUAUACGUACACAGCACAUUAUAAGACAGGAGAGCAAGUGUUCAGUGCAGCACACCGCGAAUUUCCACGUAUGUGUGUGAGUGUGUUCGGAGUCCGAAGCAGCCGCAGCAGACGUUUACACGCGAUGCGCUCCUACAAAAAUAUCUCGUAUCGUCGUUAUUUCAUGUAUCGCUUACACCGAGAGCAGCUCUGAUAUUAUUAUAGGCUGAGAAAAUCUCUGCUGGCCGACUGCGCGACCGUACAUACGCGUAUGUAGCUUUCAUACAUACACGGUACCCAACAUACUACAUGUACGCGUACAACGACGCAGCAUCGUCGCGGCUUUCAUUAUUAUCAGCGGCAUAAGAACGCGCGGACCCGGAAAAAAGGAGCGCAGCAACGUAGCAGUCCUCGUCGAAUCUCAAGAAGGCGUGUAUUAUUUUACAUAAACGAGUGAAAAGGCUGCAUUCAGUGCGAGAGAGAUUUGGUGCGCGUUCGUGAAAUAAGUGAAAUUUUUCGUUCCCUCGCCGUGGGUAGUUCUUCUUCUUCUGUUGUUGUUUUGUUUUUCUGGUUCUUGUUAUUGUGUGUUGGUGCUAUUUAAUCAUAAUAAUCGUGCUCGAAGCUCAGCUUCGGAGUUGUUGCGGCCGUGUCUAUACGUGUCAUCUUUGUCGAGAGUGACAGCAUAGCUGCGGAUGUAGCACGAAGUAAAUAUCAGCAACAGCAGUAGAACAAGAAAGAGAUUAUAGUAGAGAAGAGGAGAGGAGAGAAAGAACGAUAGCAACAGCAACAACAACAAUAAGAGCAACGAGGGCCCAGAGGGCGAGCAGAGCAGAGUCGAUUCAAGACUCGCAAUUAUAGGCGCGAGGCUCCAACAGCCCCAAAGCACUCGCAUACAGGAUGUCUUGACAAGCAGAGUCGACUGAGAGGAAUUCCUCGGAGAGCGAUAUUCCCAUUGAUACACGGUGCUGGCUGCAGCCGCGGACCAAUUCCAAGAGUGGAUCGUAAUAUCGAGCAUCGACAGCAGCAGAAGAUCAUCUAGCAGUAGCAGUCAUGGCGCCCGGUCAGCAGCUGUACGAGCAGUACAUGGUUCCCCAGAUCGCCAAGAUAUUCCACAAGUUUCCACACUUCAACGUCACUGCACAUCUCGUUAAUAGCACCUUCAAUCCCAAUUCGGAAAUUUACCUCGAGAGUCUUGGUAUACUAGCCAGCAUACCGGCGGCCCUGCUCAUCCUGACGCUGCUGACGCUGCUCGUGUACCUGGUGACGCGUUGCUGCGACCGCAAACCACGCCAUCGCCGCUCCAUCGCCGUGCUCAAGUGCUUCCUGGCCGUGCUGGCCAUACUCUGUUGCGGCGCCGUGGCCGUGGGCCUCUACGGCAACGACGACGUGCACAACGGCGUGGUGCAAUUGAUCAGCGCAGCCAAAAUUAUCGACGGCACCACGCGCAAUGUCAAGAAUCAGACGGACGCCAUCAGGGCGACGCUGGAGCGAGUCUCCACCGAUCUCAUCGCCCUCGACGACAAGUCCGGCGAUCCGGUGUCCAACGCGACGAUACUCGGCUCGCUCAUGAACGCCCUGAGCCUGACCAAGGCCAAUCGCACCCUGGCCGCGACGAGCAUCGCCAAGAUCAAGGAGCCACUGAUCGCCAUCAAUCUGGCCGAGGCCAUCGAGCUGACGGACAAGAUCGAGCAGUACAGAUGGCCCGUGACCAUGGGCGUGCUCUCGGCUCUGCUCAUACUCUGCGUCGUUCUGUUCGUCGGGGUCGCGCGUCACUCGCGUUGCGCUCUCAUCACUUUCUCGGUGUUUGGCCUGUUCGCAAUCAUCACCUCCUGGCUCAUGGCUUCCCUGUACCUGGCCUCGAGCGUGGCCAUCGGCGACCUGUGCGUGUCGCCCGAGGCCUACCUCACGCGCAACGGCUCCUCGGCCUUCGCGCGCAUCGUGCCCUACUACACGCAGUGCGACCCGAGCAUGUCGAAUCCCUUCACCCGCGAGCUGCGCGACGUCAAGCAGUCGAUCGAGCACUCGCGACGCAACAUCGAGCACAUACGCCAGUACGCCAAUUACCUGUUCAAGGACGAGCAGCUGCAGCUGCAGCCGCGCUUCAGCAGUCUGACCAGCGACGUCAACAGCAUCGACAAGCAGCUCAACAGUCUGCAGGCAAUGCUCGACUGCAAGCCGCUGCACCACCAGUACGUGCAAGCUGCCAAGAGCUUGUGCAUCAAUGGAUUCUUCGGACUCACUCUGAUGCUACUCGCGAGCGUGGCUGCCGGCUUCCUCUUUACGGUUCUCGUUUGGAUGGACUCUCACACGUGGAUUUACAUCAGAAAACGAAACGACUAUCAUCAAGUUAAUGAGCAGGAUCCAUACCUACCACCGUCGGCGGCAUCGCAGGCAAUAGCGGCGCGAACCUUCCGAGGCCAAGGGUCGUACCCUCCGACAGCCCCCCCUCUUAAUGCCCAACUUGGCAAUCAUACUAUUAAGCAGCCUCUAUUGCAUACGCCGCCCCCGCCGUCUUACGCUACUGCGACCGCUCGCGCACGUCAGAUGCACGAGAGCAUGUCAAACAGGGGUGGCCUCAACGGAACAGCAAGCGGCGAUCACCACGGGAAAUCGCACAAUCAGCACAAUCAGCAGGCGAGCAGCGGACGAACCGACCAUCGUGCCGGGCUCGGGGAUCAGCCUGGCCAGUACGCGACUCUGAGCAAGCAGUGCAAAACACUCGAGUCAAGUGAUUUCUACUGAGGGCACGCCCCCUCGGGAACAGGACGAGAGCCGCCAUGGACGCCAAGUGUAGCGUCGUUCACAACGCACAACUCGCACGCCAGCAUCGGCGGCGGCUCGGUGGUGGCCCAGAC